CCAGAAAGCCACAUCGUCUUCUCUUCUUCGGUAGGAGAAAUGCCGCGCCAACAAUCCCACACCGAGAAAAAGUUUUGGAUGGAACACAGAAGAAGCUGCUCCAAUUCAGUCUUCACCAACGCUGCUUGAAGAUGCGCAGCCUCACUCUAACUCUCAGAUCCUCUUCUCUCCCAUUCACCUUCACCUCCUCCUCCUACAAACGCUUCCAUUUCCUCAAGCCAUGUUCUUCCUCCCUCAAACAAACGAAGAAGCAGCAACAGUCUCUCCGCCGCUCUCCGCCUCCUUCCACCGCCCCUCCUCCCAAAAGUCUCCGGUGGUUCUUCAAUCCCAAAUCCAGCGACGACGACGAUGCUAAGUCCCCCAAAGCUGAGAGCGACGAAGGAUCGGGCGGGGAUGCUGCUAUCAAGGGUACGAUUCUUGCCGGAGUGUUGUUGAUUGGUACUGUUGGUGGAUUCGCCGGCGUUGGCUACGUCUACAGAGACCAGAUCAAUACCUUUCUCACUCAGUUCUCCACUUUCAUCGAAGGUUAUGGACCGGCUGGGUAUGCGCUGUUCAUUGCUGUGUACGCUGGCCUUGAGAUACUAGCCAUUCCGGCUCUCCCGUUGACCAUGUCGGCUGGUCUUCUCUUCGGUUCCCUCGUUGGCACCAUCAUUGUUUCCAUCAGUGGAACUAUGGCUGCUAGUGUUGCUUUUCUAAUUGCUAGAUACUUUGCUAGAGAGCGGAUCCUUAAGUUAGUUGAAGGUAACAAGAAGUUCCUCGCCAUUGAUAAAGCCAUUGGUGAGAAUGGGUUUAGGGUUGUUACUCUCCUUCGGCUAAGCCCUCUGCUUCCUUUCUCUCUUGGCAAUUACCUCUACGGCUUGACGUCUGUCAAGUUUGUGCCUUAUGUACUUGGAAGUUGGUUAGGUAUGCUUCCAGGAUCUUGGGCUUAUGUCAGCGCUGGUGCUUUUGGACGAGCAAUCAUUCAAGAAGAAUCAGCUGUUGGAUUGCCAGGAGGAAACGGCCAGCUUCUAACGCUCGGGUUGGGUCUGUUGGUAACUGCAUUAGCUGCAACAUAUGUAACUGGCCUAGCAAAGGAUGCUAUAAAGGAUAUUGAUGAUGAGUAGGGAGAUAUGGGUACUAAGAGAAAGGAACAGAACAGAGACGGAUUCAGUUGGAUGAGGCUCUAGGAUUUGUAAAACCUUAGUGGAGAACCAUGUUUCAGACGCUGAAUGUUAAAUAUGUGAUGACAUUAAUACUUCUCCAUCAUUGUUUAUAGUUGAUAUUAAUAUAGUUCCAUUUUUGUUCUCUACA